CCGUCCCUUCCAGCAGCAGGCGGAGGGAAGAGAAAGGGUCUGUUGUUUUUCUCUCCUUGUUUCUCUCUCUCUCUCACUGCUGAUCACCAAGCUGCUGACCAGGUCAGAAAGCCCUGAUGGAAAUUCUCCAGUGCUGGGCAAGCCCCUCCUCCUCCAGGGAGCUUGUCCUUGACUAAUUUUCCUUUGUCCCGAUGGGAAAAAAGAGAGAGAAAGAAAAAAGAAAAACCACAAACUUCCUUUGAAAACCAGCUUGUAGUCAGGGCCUGGAGCGCACGCCCUAGACUCGGCAACUCAGGAAUCCUGAAGACGCUCUGAGCGACCUGGGAGCACCUGGGCUGCACUCCUGCCUGCCCCCCACCCCCCUCUGGUGACCUCAGUCGUGGGUGUGAGUCCGGAAGUGGCCACUGCCAAGCCGGGACAGGCGCUCAUAAACCUGUGUAGACCUGGAUCAGCUCUGGCCUUGACAGCUGGAAGGCAGCUGGGACUGUGGCAGCGCCCCUCCUUGUAGCCACCUUCCUCAUCGAAUUGCCACUGCUGGACCCUCCUCCUCUACCCUGGAACAGCACCCACUUCUUUAAGAAUCCUUCCUCCCAGCCUGAAAGCCCUCUACCCUCAUUGGUCCCAUGUGGUCACAGCAAGUGAGAGGUGAAAAGAGCUCAGGCUGGGGCCCUUCUGUUUACCCAGCCGAGAAAGACAUGCACUCCCUGUAGUCGGGAGUGACUGUGUAGACACUAUCUAGCCUUCCAUACUGUAGUCCUUUAAUAAGACUUUUCUGGGUCCAUUUGCUUUCCAGCCCAAUGACUUCCUUCUUAUUGGAUCAGUCUUUUUUUUAUAUAUCAAGCCUAGAUUAGGCAACUCCCUGAGGGCAGGAAAGUCCUUUGGUGCCCCUCAGUUGACCUCUUCUGACCAUGGAACACCAUCAAGCUGAGCAUCCAGCCUCUGGUGAGGCCAGGAUUGCAGAAGCAGUCAGCCCUGAAAACCAUGAGGUCCUGUCACAACCAGAGGAGCACCCCCAGGACAAGGGUGCUGGAGAUGCUGAUGGGACAGCUGGAGAACAGGCGCCAGUAGACCAAGCUUCACGGCUGGCCCAGGGCCAGGAUAACCUUGAGUCCCCUCCACCUGAUGUGAGUUCCAGCCAACUGGGCCCAGCCCAUGGGACACAGCCUGAGGUAGAGACAGUGGGGGCCUGCUCCAGGCCCCAAGAACUCCCCCUGACCCCCAGGGCCCAACAGCCUGAGCUAGAUUUCUACUGUGUAAAGUGGAUCCCCUGGAAGGGAGAACGGACACCCAUCAUCACCCAGAGCUCUAAUGGCCCUUGCCCUCUCCUUGCCAUCAUGAACAUCCUCUUUCUUCAGUGGAAGGUGAAGCUGCCCCCUCAGAAGGAAGUGAUCACAUCAGAUGAGCUCAUGGCCCAUCUUGGAGACUGCCUCCUGUCCAUCAAGCCCCAGGAGAAGUCAGAGGGACUUCAGCUUAAUUUUCAGCAGAAUGUGGACGAUGCGAUGACAGUGGUGCCUAAACUGGCCACGGGUCUGGAUGUCAACGUGCGAUUCACGGGGGUCUCUCAUUUUGAGUAUACUCCUGAGUGCAGUAUCUUUGACCUCCUAGGCAUACCUCUGUACCAUGGCUGGCUGGUUGAUCCGCAGAGUCCCGAGGCUGUGAGCGCAGUUGGGAAACUGAGUUACAACCAGCUGGUGGAGAAGAUCAUCACCUGCAAGCACUCUAGUGACACCAACCUUGUGACAGAAGGCCUGAUCGCAGAGCAGUUCCUGGAGAGCACUGCAGCCCAGCUGACCUACCACGGGCUGUGUGAGCUAACAGCAGCUGCCAAGGAGGGUGAACUUAGCGUCUUUUUCCGAAACAACCACUUUAGCACCAUGACUAAGCACAAGGGUCACUUGUACCUACUGGUCACCGACCAGGGCUUUCUGCAGGAGGAGCAGGUGGUGUGGGAGAGCCUGCACAACGUCGACGGAGACAGCUGCUUCUGCGACUCGGACUUCCACCUGAGUCAUUCCUUCGGCAAGGGGCCUGGAGCAGGAGGUGCGAGGAGCUCCCCCGAGAAGCGGCGGCAGGUCGACCAGGACUACCUGAUCGCCUUGUCCCUGCAGCACCAGCCGCAGGACACGGUGGGUCUUAGCGACUUGGAGCUGGCCCGGCAGCUUCAGCAGGAGGAGUACCGGCAGCAGCAAGCAGGCCCCCCGGCGCCAGUGCGGGCCUCGCCCCAGGGGAGAGGAGCCACGUCUGGACGCCCAGUCGGGGAGCGUCGGCAGAGGCCGAAGCAAGACUCAGACUGUGUCGUCCUGUAGCUUUGCCCAGUGCUGGGGCUGCCCUCCCUCUUUCGGAGGUGAUGGCUAUUCUACUUGCUCCCCCAGCUCAACCCCUGAGAUAUGCAGGGUAACGUAUUUAUGGACGUGAGGGAUCAGAGCAGGCAGUAAAUGCCAAGGUCAGACUCCGUAACAUCCUGCCCUCGUGUACUGCCGCCUUCUCUGCCUCCCAGUCGUCCAGGGCAACUUUGGGGUUGGUGGGGUGAGGAUUUCUGGUUCCCAGCGCCCCUGCCCCAGAACAGUCACACUCAUAUAUGGACUCAGGCUCCAGGGUGAGGUCCCUGUCUAGAAUGCCUCUCGCCUACUUCCACCCCCGACUGGCUGGGCCCUUCCUGGCCGUCCUGCUGGCCUGUCUCCAAUUGUUUCAGGGUUUGGUUUGGGUUUCUAUCUCCAUUAUUUGUAAUGGCUUUCCUAGGGGUUUGGAAAUAAAACUUCUUU